AUGUGUCUUAUUUCUCCUGCUGAUCUGAAGUUCUUACUGCCAUUUGGAAACUCCCCCUGGGGCUCAUUCCUCAUCCUGGUCAUAGAGAAGGGGCUGCUGUGUGUUAUCCGUGGUCUGAAUGGUCUAGAGUUUCGUGGUGGUAACCUUGUUGUCGAUGACGGCCCAAACCCAACUCCUAAGCAAGUUUAUACUUUUGUACACAUGGAGCAUCAAGAGAAUGCGGCGAAUGCCGUCGAGGCCCUCCACGGGACCUCCUACAUGGACCACCCCCUCUCUGUAGAUAUCGCAAACAUCCAACAAAAUAAGCCAGGAGCCAUGUCCAAGGUGCCGUGCGCACGUUGCGGGACACAGGGACACUUCGCAGGAGAGUGUCCGACCAGGCCGCCCAUGGAGCACCACCAGAGUCAGGCAGCCGUGCUUGCUGCUGCUGCAGCUGCUGCUGCUGGACUUCCUAUUCAGGUACAACAGUGCGUGCACAACUCUUUCUUUAACACCAACACCUCUGAUCCGACGUAUGCGGCUCUGAAGGGUCUUACCGAAGGCAGCGGGUCAGACGGUAAGCCAGUGAGCGCCGCAGUUUAUGGAGCCCUGGCAAGUCAAGUGUAUGGUUCCGUGGCUGAUCAGGUCGUCAGCCAAGGAACAGAUGUUUCAAGCUAUCCAGCUGCAGGAGAGGCACCAUCAGCCACAACAGCCAUGAACCCUGCCUAUGGCACAAACUCCUCUGCGUAUACAGGCCCGGCCUAUGGGACCAUGGGCGGGGCUGAGCCUGACGCGCAGGCUUUGUUUGAAGCUGCUCGGCAGCGAUUCAUUGAGCAGGGUCAGCAAGUGUUGGCUGAGCAGCAGGCCCUUACCAAAUCAGAACGUGACCGGAGCCCAGUGAGACGUUCUGCUCUGCUGCCCGACCCUGUUCCUCAGCCCAUCAGUGCCGCAAGACCCAAACGGCGUGCUCUUCUGCCCACACCACCUGGAGGACCUGAAAUGCCAGCUAUUAAAGAUGGAGACCCUAUUGCAAGGUGCUAUGCAGAGUAUGUCCAGCAGUACCAACAAUACCAACAGUACCACCAGUACCACCAGUAUCAUCAGUACCAGUACUACUAUCCUCCACCACCACCACCACCACCCCCACCACACCAGAUGGCAACCAUGCCCAUGCCACCUUCAGGGUCGAUGGAUGCCAAUCACUUGGCGGCUCCUGGAACCGGCGCAUCUCCAAGAGCAAUGCACCUCAGACUGUCUUCAGUCUUUCAUUCCAACGCUGAGAGAUGGUCGGGUACUCGCACAAACACCUACACACACAUGCACAACAUGGUCUCAGUGACCUCUAUUGGCCUGGAUACAGCAAACCUUUCUGUAACGUAAUAGGCAACAGAUUGAAAUGACCUGCAAUAGAUAUGUAUUUUUCAGUGCAUUUUAUUUCACAGUGCAUAAUUCAGUGUAUGUAAUUAACUUGCCAGUGUAUCCAGGCCCUGAUGUUUACAAGACAAGACAAGAAAAGGCAGAUAUAUUGGAGUGGUCAUUGUUUUGACUCGUAACAUUUAGUUGAAUGGUGAUGGAAAGGUAGCUCUUUAUAGUGCAUCAGGCCUCCACACAUUAAAAUGUCUGUAAUUUUUUUUUUUUUGCUAGAAAUAGUGCAUGACUGGUUACUCGUGCUGUUCUUCCAGCCACAUUUUCCCUUUUCGCUAACUACAGCUAGAAUGGCUCCCAGGCCUCAGGACGCCAAGUUGCACAUGACGGGGGAAGAGAAUUAAAGUCCCACAGUGGCAUGGAUGCACUUCCCAGAAAGGUAAAGCCCUCUGGCCCCAAUCACGCUUGCACCUUAACCAUACACCACUUUCUCCUAAAUCAUCUGCUCCAACUCGGCUCAGAUGCAUCUUCUGGCUGAAGAAAUUGAUGUGGGGGAAAAAAAUUAAUGAAGGGGCUGUAACAGUGACACAGAUCAGGGUUUAAUAAGUUCACUGGUUCAUAAGUCAUUUAGCUGAGGCACACAAAGUUACCCCAUGUGAUCGUCUGCAAUUUCUGAAAAAUAAUCAUUUACUUUUAUAAACGUAUAAAUUCAAGCCCCAGUGGCAUUCAGAAGUUAUCACUGUCUUACCAGAAACAUGCUCAGAAAAAUCCUUUAUUAAACAUGGGAACGUGUGAGAUCAGGGAUAUUUGAAUUGUUGGCUUGUUCUGUGUGGCAUUUGGUGUUUCUUUUAAGCAUUUUCAGUAAGACGAGACGAGAUCCACACACUCGCUCACAACUGAGGUUCCCUGGCUGUGCUUUGAACUGUUAAGAAGACAGCACAGCUUUAAUGGGAGCGCAGUGCAAUCCGAAAGGGAAGAGGUGGGGUUGUCGCCUGGUAGGUGAGUAACCAGUGCGCCACAGUCCCACUCAAACCAGUUCCUGCUCCUCAAACCCAACACUUCACCUGCCCCAUCACUUCGACUUUUAAAGAUUCUGUACGACUUUAAACGCAUGCCUCAGGGAAAUGAUGCUUUUAGAGUUCACUUUCAGAAAUGCGUGGGGUCACGUUUCUGGACUGACAUGGAAAUUUACAUGACGUGUGUUUAAAACCUUAUAAAAGAAGUCAGUCGGGUACCAUGAGUUCUGUCUGGACCAGAGUGUCUGACAUUUUAGACAUUCCUCUAAACAACUCAUCAUUUAAAUAAUCGACUCCAUCCUCUCCUGAAUGUACAGUUUAACAGCACGUGAGUGAAGCCAUGUCACUUUUGAUAGUUCCUUAUUAUCCAUGACACAUUGCAGCUUCUACUUCAUAUUUCUUUCACUGAUGUGUAAAAGCUGUCAUUUAAACAUGUCAUCUUAAGUGUGCUUUGAACAUGUAUAGCAUUGCUUAUGAUCAGUUUAGGUCAGGAGACGAUUAUUCAGGGAGUAGGCAUUGGUUGAAAUAAAUGCUACCACUUUUACUGAGAUCGGUUUACUUCUUUUGCUACUGUCAAAUCUUUUUGUCUUUGUAGU